AUGACGACCGGUAAUAGUUUGGGCGGUUUUGAUGCCGAAUCACAAACUACCAGAAGAGUACCUCCAGAUAAAAGCGACAUAGAGAGAAAAAUAAGUCAAAUACUGCGAGAAACGGACAGCUAUGCCAUUCUGGAAAUAAAACGCGAUGCUACAGAUGAUGAAAUAAAAAAGGCUUUUCGCAAACUAAGCUUGCUCGUGCAUCCCGACAGGUGCAAACUGAAGAACAGCGAAAAGGCCUUCAAGAAGAUGCUAAACGCGAAAGACUAUCUUCUGGACAGGGAUGCGCGUGCACAGACGAGAUUUCGUACACAUGCACGCUACAACACGGACAUGUUUAAUUAUACUAAUAGAUUUUACGAGAGCGGACCAGGAUUUUACCAUUUCUACUACACGUAUAACGAUGACAAUUUCUUCAACGUUUUGAACAACCACUUUGAGCGCAGAGCAUACAACAGUGCUUUUUACAGUGAUAGAUCGCCCAGACGUGCACAAGCAUUUAGACCGGUGCAUUAUAACCCAGAUGCAUACAAGUUUGUGCUUUUCAUACUUUUACUUUUUAUUGUUCUGUUGAACUGGAGCUAGGGACUGUACAUCCGUGGGAUGUUGUUAUAAAUAAAUGAUUGUAUGGAAAUCGAUGAAACAUAGGAGUAUGAUGGGAGUGCUGCGGUAGCAUCUGUUCGCGAGGCAAGGUUGAUAAUACGUGUGAUAGUUUCACAAUUAAAAAC